AUGCCGUUCUUCGGUCGUCGGCAGGCUCCAGCGAGGGAAGAGAUGAUCACUGCGCAAUUUCCCAAUCCGAAAAGCACUCACUUAUCUCCUCAUAGUGUCUCCAUAUCAAGCCAUCGUACCCCCGCAACGCUCGAGGAGGCCCUGUCACUAGCCCCCACGCCGCCGCGCACGCCACCCCAUCUCUCGCACAGCAAAACCAGCUCCGCCAGUUCCAAUGAACUGAGACAUCCACUCGAACGCUCGCAGUCCUCGGAAUACUUUCUCGAGAUCAAAAGAAGUCCGGCCCCGAAAGCGCCUAUGAGCAGGAAGUCAGCCUGGGGCCGCACGAUUCGAACAGAGGCGCCAGGAGAGGAUGCAUUCGAGAGCGAUGCGUUUGCAGUCGAAAUGCCCACGACCCGCGAGCCCAUUGUAGAAGUUCCCAAGGAAGCAUCUGUCUUCAGGGCUAAAAUUCCCCACCCAUCGCAGGCCCAGGUCGAUGCGUACCAGACCUACAAACAGAAAGCCCACCAGGUCCGCGAGCGCAACAGCACCGAGGGUGUGAAAGUCCCAAGCAAGAUUGUUUCUUACGAUUACGCCUAUUCCAAUAGGAAAGGAAAGUCGGCGACGGCGCCGCUGCUCGCAGAUCUGACACCACCUGACAGUCCGCGGCAGCUGUCGCCCGCGGGCUCUUUUCCUACCAGUCCGCCAAUUGCACAACACGCAUGGGCGACAUCAGCGGCCGCACAACAACCGCGGAACCAGCACCUUCUCUCAAGCGGUGCGCAUGCCCAAAGCGCACGCUCGAUAAGCGACACGAACAAAAUCGCCUUCACGAAAGCACCCUCGAGUUUGGGCAGCAACACAUCUUCGCCGCUUGGCCCGCGCUACCAGCGCGGUGACUCCGUAACAGGUGCUUCACGUUCGCCAUCUGCAAGCCCGCCCAGGAUCAAAGUGCGCAUUGUACCCAAGUACAACACUGCCCAGACUCAGGCUCAGACGCACACCCGGACCGCUAAUGAAUCCCCGCAGAAGGAGGGCUGGUGGGCGCUCUACAAUCGCUCGCCGCCGACCUCAUCCGCAGAGAGCUCACGACCCAGCUCGCCCGAGAAGCAUACUCAAUUUGCUUACACCACAAGUGCUAGUGAACAGGUCAAGGCCACCGACACCGUCUUCGGAUACACGACCAACACGAUCAAGGGUACGCCGGCGCCCGUGAAGCGUACAUUUGCCGAUAUCCUAAAGGACAGAGAGAAGAAGAAAAUCGAGCAGAAGCGCACACUUGCAAGCCGCUGGGCGUGGCUGCGCCCGACAGGCCCCCGAGUUGCAAAACCUACCUCUUCUUCUGUUCCCGCGCCACCGCAGAGGCCGACAUCCACGUACGUGGAUCCAUUUGUACAGCAUGCGACCCCGCCGCCCACCAUUCCAUCCACCUCGCGUCCUGCAUCUCCGAAGAAGAUCGCUCGUCCCGCCCCUCCCCCGCCCGCCAGGCCAACGCCUAAAGGCAAGUUCGACUCAGGGUUCGCGCAGAUCACGAGCUUCUUCAGCGUAAUGAUCAAAGUGUGCUUGGUCUUAUACGCACUGGUAGCAGUGUACUUUGUACUGGACGCGGUCAGAGAGGCCGUACACGCUUUGGGGGCACCCUUUCGGUUCAUCAAGAUCGUGGGCAAGUAUGGCUGGGUUGGAGCAUUGUGGGCUGGGAAGUGGAUGGUGAAGGGCUGGGAAAGAUGGGGAUUUAAGAUCGCGCUCAAGGGCGGCUGGAGGACCCUGGCUAGGAGGUGGUGGUAG